AUGUAUAGUGGGAUUUGCAUCUUCCUGUUCCUGGCUAUGUUGUCCCUGAACUCCUUGGGACAGCAAACAUCUGGAUCCCACCAUGCAAUGACAAAUCUCGAGCAGAGCUUAUUAGAAAAUCACCGACAUGCCCGUAUUCCAACCUCAGGAAAACCUGCCCAGCUGGUAGAUGGCAGCAUUGACCAAAAGGCCAACCUUGGAGCUCUGUUAGCCAAAUAUCUCCAGCAAGCCCGAAGAGGUUCCACUGGAAAGGUUUCCGUGAUGGGGUUACAGAAUUUUGACCCUACCCACAGGAUAAGGGACAGAGACUACAUGGGCUGGAUGGAUUUUGGACGUCGCAGUGCUGAAGAAUAUGAAUACUCCUCUUAAAAAUUGUCCAACUUUGCUUAAAAGAAAUGAAAUUAAAAUCCUUGUACAGAAAUACGAUUUUCUGUAAAAAAAAUAUAUAUGUUGGCAUCCUUUACAAAUUGGUGUUUAAAAUAUCUGUAUUUGAUGUAAAUUUGUCUGUAAAACUAUACAAUAUAUUUUGCAAACAUAUGCAGAGUUUUCAAGAAUGUGGAUAUAUCAGAAGUAUUUUAUUCAUUUCUUGAUAAUUUUAUCAUUGCAAAUGUUGCUAUCUCUUUCUUAAAAAAUUGUUUGCAAUUUAACACAUAAGCCAUUUGUUAAUUUGAACUAUUUAUGUGUUAGAAAGUAUCAACCCGAGUCAGAUUCAAAUACACUCAAAAGUAGUAUUAUUGUAAUGAGUGAGACUUUAAAUUUUUCAUGAUCAACUGAAUUGACUGCAAUGAAUCCUCUUUACAUAUGAUUAAACUUUGAUUCUAUUUAUUUAGAUAUUAACACUAUAGAAAAGUCAUUAUACCAGUACAUUCAAAAUUUGGUCAAAUAAUUUUCUAGGCAUGUUAUGGCCUCUGGUUAUUUGAUUUUGUGCAGUAAAUGUGAAAAUUCUGAUAAAAUUAUUCACACUAGAAUAAACA